AUGUCUGACGACGAUUUCUUGGGCGACCUGGGCACGAGCAAGGUGCGCCCCGGCGAAUUGAGUGCCCUGGCUCAAUCCGACAUGAUCACCACUCACACCCACCAGGGCUUCGACACCAAGUUCAAGUGCAUCAUCGACUCGCUACGCCGACGCGAGCUGGCCGGCUCCUACCGCGUGGCCAUCGCCACGGCCGAGGUCAUGAAGGUCGUCGUCUCCUCCUCGCGCUGGACCUCCGCCCAGACCGUCAUCGAGCGUGUCAAGGAGAUCGGCAAGCUCCUCAUCAGCGCCGCUCCCCUCGAGCUGACCAUCGGGAACGUGGUGCGGCGAGUGCUGUCGAUCAUCCGCGAGGAGUACCUGGCGUGCCAGUACCAGGAGAACCAGGAGGAGGGCAGCGAGGAGAUCGCGCGCGUGCUGGACCCGCACUCGUCGCCCGCCCUCUACAAGAUGCUCGGGCACGACCGGGACGAGGUCUACACCGAGCCCUACGACAUCAAGGCCGUCGUGCAGACCUCCGUGGGCGAGCUCAUCGACGAGAUCAACAACCUCUACCGCAACAUCUCCGAUCAGACCGUGGCCGAGUUCCUCAUCGCCGCCGCCCGCAAGCGCAAGUUCGACGUCAUCGUCGCCCAGUCCGCGCCCUCGUACACCGGUAAUGAGACGGCGGCCUCGCUGUCGCGUGCGGGCAUCGAGACGACGAUCAUCCCCGACUCGGCGAUCUUUGCGAUGAUGGCGCGCACCAACAAGGUCAUCCUCGGCACCCACGCCGUGCUCGCCAACGGCGGCCUCAUCGCCUUCACCGGUUCCCACGCCGUCGCCCUCGCCGCCAAGCACCACGCCGUGCCGGUGGUGGUGUGCAUGGGUCUCUACAAGCUGUGUCCGCUCUACCCGACGGCCGAGCAGGACUCGUUCAACUGCUACAACCCGCCCGGGUCGAUCAUGCCCUUCGAGGAGACGACCGACAUCGACCAGCUGCACGUCGAGAGCCCCGCCUACGACUACGUCCCGCCCGAGCUCGUCUCCCUCUUCGUCACCAACGUUGGUGGGCACAGCCCGUCGUACAUUUAUCGGUUGUUGGCCGAGUACUACCACCCGGCGGACUACGUGCUCUAG